AUGGACCUGGUCGCCGUGAGGUGCGCCAAAUGCGACGCAACGCUGGGAACCCUCGUCAAUCUCUGGACGCAGAUUGGCAAGAAGUACAUCACCCCGGUGGCGUACGUCGAGGACAAGGCCGAGGCAGACAACAAGAUCACUGCCACAGGCGCUGUUCGCAUCGGCGAUGCGGGCACUCUGGUCGAAGGCUGUGGCCAAAUCAUCUUCCGCAUCACGUCCAUCGUCCUCAAGAUAGCCACAGACCUCCGGCGCAAAGCCGAGCCCAAGAUCCAGCGCAUCCUCCAGCUCAGGGGCCAACCGGCCACAACCCAACCUAAACCCUCACCCCUGAAUAGCAAAACUCAUCCUCAAAAUGACGGCACAGCCCCAAGCCGAGACACCUUCGACAUCAUCCAGAUCCAAGCAGAUCUCGAAGCCCAGCAAGAUGAAAUCCAGCGCAUCGGCGCAGCCGGGUUCCAAGUCAUGUCCACGUUCGACAGCACAGUAGCACGCUUCGAGAAGCAGAUGCGGCAACUCAGCGACUCCGUCGCAAACGUCCGCCGCGAAGGCGAAGGGCAGCAGGCGGACAUCAAGUCCCUCAAGACGCAAAUGAGCGACGCGAAAUGGAGCAGCGGCGACGGCGACGCCGUGGUGGCUCGUCUGGAUCAGCAGCUCCAGACGACGGACAGAGUGGUCACGGAGCUGCGGCAAAUCAUCAGAAAGUCACACGCGGAAACGAGCAGUCUCCGAAGCGAACUGUCUGCCGCGCAAAAGGAGAUUGCGGAGGUCAAGAGGGCGAAUGCCCGUCUCAAGAAGGAUGCCGAUGAGGCGAAGCAGGUCGCGCAGGAAGGCGUUGCGACGGCCAAGACGUAUGCUUCGGAGGUGGCUUCGCUGAGAAGAGAGAUGUCGCAGCUGCGGUCUGAACUUGCGCAGCAGCAGCAUGAUAAUAUGCGCCAUUCUUCGGUGGAUGAAGAUCCGUCUAUAUCGUCACAUCAGCUGGAUAUCCUCGCCAGCAACAUAGCCAAGAUUGGAAACAGGGCCAGCCAGGUAGAGUCGUUGCAGAUGGAGUUUGACCUCUUCCGAACCCGGAUGCAGCGGCUGGAAGCCCGGGUGGUCGCUGGCAGCACGCCGAAUCCUAGUCGGAAGGACAUUCGCCCUUCCUUUGCCGAGUACGAUAACGUUUCGGCGGCUGAAGGCAGCCAGUCUCACUACGGAUCGACCACGCGUCAGAAGAGACCGCCGAUGACGAGAGAUGAUUCCCAUAUUGUGAACUCAACUCCUCCAAAACGGGUGGCCAUCUCGUCGGAUUAUCCUACCCUUGGCACGGCUGGGUAUGUUAGCACUAGCGAACAACAACAAUCAUCACCUGGGACUAUGGCCCUGGUCGAGACUCCGGUCCAGCGGCGGACGGCGGCGGCAUCGACAAAGAAGAGCACGGCAAGGCGCGGCAGAUGGGCCAAAGGUUGA